CUGUUUCAUAGAUUCUCUAUGCAGUGCGGGGGGAAAAUAAAGAAAACUAGUAGUCUAUCAUAAAUUCAUAUAAAUAUAUAUUUGCAAAUAAAACCAUGUUCUGUAAUUAUUAAACAAAAUGUGCAUGUUAUGGAAUUUAUUCUCAUAAAUAAUAAGGCGAUAAGGACAAGUUUACACGGAUGCUUUUUCUCGAGGCUUCCGUCUGGCGAUAGGAGCACAUAGCGCUUAUCGUUUGUUUUAAAUGUCUGUUUUUUGUAGCCUAAAUCGUGUUCAAAUCAGGGAGUUGAAUUAUGAUUAUACAUGCUUGUUGUGCAACACCAUUUGUUGUUUACAUAAUUUACGAAUUAGAUGAACUCCCACACCUGUAGCAUGUUAGGUUCAAUCAAAUGGAUGGGUAUAAAAAGGCAUGCCAGCACAAUGCGUAAUGACGCAAAAUGGCUGAAUUGGCUUUUUUUGAAGACGUUGCUCGACAGAGAAUAAGGAGGGAGAGAAUUUUUAGAGAGCACACAGACUUGCUGGCUAAUGGGGACGAGUGGCUGAUAAGCAGAUUCAGACUGCCGCGCGCUGUCCUGCUCGAGCUGUGCGCGGUGUUGGGCCCAGCUUUGGCGAGGAACACCCGGCGCAAUAACGCCGUGCCAGUCCCACUUCAAGUUCUGACCACACUGGGUUUUCUGGCAACCGGCACUUUUCAGAGGGAGUUGGCUGACAGGUCGGGGAUAUCUAAGCCAACCCUCAGCCGUGUUAUGCCAGACGUGUUAGGAGGAAUUGUAAGUUUGACACAUCUUUACAUCAAGUUUCCUUACACGGUGGCUGAACAGGCAAACAAAAAAGCGCAAUUUGCAGCAAUGUCCGGUUUCCCAAAUGUAAUCGGUGCCAUUGACUGCACUCAUGUUGCUAUAAGGGCGCCGAGUAUGAAUGAAAAUGCUUUCGUUAAUCGAAAGCAUUUUCAUUCAAUAAAUGUCCAAGUCAUUUGUGAUGCGGACAUGUUACUCGUAAAUGUUGUAGCUCGGUGGCCUGGGUCAACCCAUGACUCAUUCAUUCUGAGACAAAGCAGUGUUGGUCGGAGACUUGAGGCUGGGGCUGUGCGUGAUGGCUGGAUUCUGGGGGACAGUGGGUAUCCACUGAAGCAGUGGCUGCUCACGCCUUUCGCCAACCCCCAGAGCGCGGAGGAAAGGCAGUAUUACAUCAGCCAUACCCAGACACGGUCUGUGGUGGAGCGCACCAUAGGCCUGUUUAAAGGCAGAUGGCGGUGCCUAGACCGCACUGGAGGGAUGCUUUUAUAUAGACCGGAGAAGGUGUGCCAGAUGAUACGUGCAUGUGCUGUGCUACAUAAUAUGGCACAACUGCAAAAUGUGCCUCUACCCCCUGGAGCGGAAGCUGCAUGUGUUCGACCCGACCCCCAGCCCCAGGCAUUUCAGCCAAACGGUGCGGCUGUGCGCCAGAGUUUGGCUGUGAUGCGGCGGUUGUGA